AUGGAGCCACUACCGAGCUUCUCCAGCAUAUAUGCUGGCGACAAUUUGAUUCCGGAGCCUGUUAGGAACACGGAAGCUCAAACAGAAGAACCGGAAGUGAUCAUUAUAGAUGACUCUACCCCGACUCAAGCUAGCAUCGCAUCCCCCAAGCGGACUAGAGAGUCCUCUCUCGACAUGAGCGACGAGCGACCCAGAAAGUCUCCGUAUAGCUUCUUUUCCUCGGGCAGCCUUCGUGCAGAAUUUCUUUUGCAGCCCGUUGAUAUCGAAAAAUCACAAACAGAAGAACCGGGAAUGGCCAUCAUAGAUGCCUCUACGCCGACUCAUGCUAGCAGUGUCCCCCCCGAGAGAACCAUAGUAUCGCCUCUCGACUCGAGCGAGGACGAGUGGCCCAGAAAGUCUGCGGUUGACGGUUUGCGACGAUUCAUUGUUCAUCCCAAGACGAUCCAAGUGUCCUUUGAUGACAUUCACGUCCAUUCGAACACGAUCGAGGCUCUUGGGAACCUCACCCUGGCGCUCGACUAUCCGGACGCCUUCAGCUACGGUAUCUUGUCCAAGGGUGCCCCGCCGUCAGUACUGCUGUAUGGGCCACCCGGGACUGGCAAGACGCAGCUCGUCCGCGCCCUCGCAAAACAGGCCCGCUCCAAGAUCUUGGCCAUAUCUAGCGCCGACAUCCAUGACAAGUAUGUCGGCGUCGGUGAGAAGAUGAUCAAGGAUUUGUUCAAGCUUGCGAAACGGGAGCACCCUUGCAUCAUCUUCAUCGACGAGGCUGACUGCCUGUUCCGCUCGCGCUCGAGCGAGUCCAACAAAAACUACCAAUCGUAUCUCAACGAAUUUCUUGUGGCCAUGGAUGGGAUCGGCUCUCGGGGCGCCAGGAGCCCCACCAUCGUGGCGGCGACAAACCGGCCGUUUGAUAUUGAUGAGGGAAUCCUGCGGCGCCUAGGCCGGCGCAUCAUGGUCGGCAUGCCAGACGCGGCGGCACGCGAAGAGAUCUUGAAGAUCCACGUGCGCGGAGAAUCUCUGGCUCCCGACGUGAGCCUCUCCGACCUGGCAAAGGUCACUCCGAACUACAGCGGCUCCGACCUCAAGAACCUCGUGUAUUCGGCCGCCCUGAGGGCCCUGCGGGAAGAAGCAGACCAGCCCCAAGCUCAAAACUUGGCAUCUGGUGCCCCGGCGGUGGAUGACAGCUCUGGCUCAGCGGAAAGAUGCAAGAUUGGCUGCGGCCGCGUCCUGCGCAAGGAACACUUUGCCUACGCCAAGCGCGAGACGCAUCCGUCCCCGGUGGCGGAUACGGUGGCCAAGAUUCAGGAGUUCCACAACAAGCAUGGCGAUACAGUGCAGAGAAGCGGCGCGAGCGGCCCAGUGAACAAGUCGAAAGCGCCUGUCUCAUGCUGA